UGCACGACCGAGCUGAUUUUUUGUUCAGGAGAGAGAGUCGCCAUAUGGGUUUGUUGUACUCUUGUGAGACUCGCUUUGCUUCUGUGUACGCGAUGCUAGAGCGGUUGGAUGCUGUGCAGCGUCCUUUGGAGCGGAUGGUGGAUAAGACAGACUGGUGCAGGGAGUCUUGGGCGACAACGUCGAUCAGGCAGCAUGCGCGAUGGGUGCGAUGGCAGAUCCGGCAUGGCAGUUGGUGGGACUCCAUGGACAUCUUGCGUGCCGUUAUGGAGCCGGCUUACGAUCUGCUGCGCAAGAUGGAUCAUGGAGGGUUAUGCAUGUCUCGAAUAGUCGAGUGUUCUGGAUGGUUGGCGAGGGAGGUGGAGGCGGUUGUUAGACCGCUAGACGAUGGAUUGGCGGAUCAGAUUUUCAGGUGCGUGCAGGAGCGCGUUGCUCAUAUGUGUGAGCCUGUGCAUGCUGCGGCGCACCUCCUUUGUCCGAUGAGGAGGUCGAUGCGGUAUUACAGCGGCGUGGUGAAGGACGAGGACAAACGACUUAUGAGGGAAGCAGAGCAGUACAUUCUGUCGCAGACCGGGUUUGAUGAGCGGCGGAAGGAGUACCGAGACGCUGUGUUGCAGCUGCGAGACUUUCAUAUACGCACAUCGACUUGCGCAUGGGGAAGGGAGCGGGCACGCGCCGCAGUGGAGAUGUGUGUCAGGGAGCAGGAGACCGUUGAGAGUGGUCUUUGGUGGUCACAGUAUGGCGGUUGUGCUCCUGAGCUUCAGCGUAUCGCUCUUCGUGUGUUGUACAUGUGGACGUGCUCCUCUCCCGGAGAGCGGAACUGGGCCAUCCACGAGAGUAUUCACACGAAGAAGCGUAACAGUUUGUUGUUCCCGAAGGUCCCGAAGUUGGUGGAGAUCACAGCCAACACACGACUUUUGGCUCUUCAGAGCGGUGGUGGAGGUUUGGUUCUUCCGUGGACUCAGGAUGAGUCUAUAUUGGAUGUCGAGGGUGGCCUGGAGGCAGACGCUGUAUGCGAGGGGGUGGACCACGGCAUACCCGAGGAGGACCUCGAUGUGCAAGCGCAGUUAUGGCGGCGGGAUGCUUGUGGGUCACGACUACCGCCGUCCAUUGAGGAUGUGUUCGGGGUUCAGGCUGCCACUUUGAGGCCGUACCCAAGAGAUGACUCGAGUGGAGAUGAGCGCGAGGAGGCAGAUGAGGGUUUCUGCCCCCGCGGCGUUGGUGCUGCCUGGCGUGCGGAGGACGACGAUGACACUUGGAGUGACCCUGAGGAGGUUCGCCGGCGUAGCGGUGGCAGAGAUUUAUUCGAGGACACAGCUAGGGGAAGGUUUGGAGUUGAGGGAUGUUGGGACGGAUCUGGGAGCCCUCUUGUCGAGCCGAUUCCUCAUACCUCAUCGCCGACCGUACAUGGGGAAGAGGGGGACAUAACGGGCAUGCAAGGAGCCCAUCACAGACAGGGUCCGACAGGCAAGGGCUCAUUAGACCGUGGUGAGGAUUCAGAGGGGUGUGGAGGAGGUGUGAGGCUUCUGCGCCUUCGGAAGGUUCCGGAGGUCGCAAAGAGACAACUCAUAGUAGGUUCUGAGUCACCGCCUUCAUGUAGGGGUGCGACCGGUGCGGGGACAGGGGGAGCGAAGAUCGGAGGCGCAAGACAUGAGCGUCCGAUAGACGUCAACAGAGAGAUGGGCACCGGAGAUGUGGCCAGAGGUGUUGCUUGGUCGCUAGGGGACAUUGGGACACUCGACGCUCUGCCUGGUAAUAGCACGGGUCACACGGAGCAGUUUGAAGAUGCCCAUCAUGAGGGGGUGCCAGAAGAUGAGGCAGUUGGCGGUGGGGACCAUGCUUUAGUAAUCAGCGUCCAUGCGCAAUUUCAUGGUCGGGCUAGAGGCCACUCUGCCAUCCAUGACGGAGGAGAGGCGCGCGACGAGACAGUGGUUCAGUCCACUGUGCCAGAGGAUGAUGAUGCUCAGUCGGUGGCCCCUCAGAUAGUCGAUAGUGUAGAUACGGCUUUGCUGGGAGAUCCAGGAGCAGUACCAGGGGGAGACGUGCAGGAUGAGGAGGCAGUUGGGAGUCCAGCGGUGGUGGGGGGAGAUGCAGAGACAGGGGAGGACAGGGUUCGGGAGGUACAUGGAGAUGUGGGUGCGCCCUCGACUAUACAUGGUUCACGCGAGGAGGAGGGAGCAGGAGUCAUGGCGCCACCGCCCAUUCGACAUGAUUCACCGACGGCCACACUUCGACCACCCAGUCAGCGGUCGCGGCGUCGUCCACCUCGUUACGUGGAGCAGCCACGAGGCACGGCGGGCAGGCCUCGAGAGCGUGGACAGGCGACAGCGGGGGCCGUGGCUUCCUUACUUGGCUGCACUUACAUUCCUUGGAGCAACACGAGGAGGUCGACCGCGGGUACCAGGAAGAGGCAGCCCGGGUUGGGGAGGAGACGCUCUUCCACAUCAUCGACGAGGGAGGUGCAUGCUGUUGGGUUCGAGCAUCGUGGCGGGUCGGGUGCCGAGGUUGAGGGUGCGGGCGGACGUGGAUCUGCAACACCCGGCGCACGAGUGUCGACUCACGGAUUGAGGGAGGUUUCACAGAUCCUCGGGGCAGAUGUGUUGGGGCCUCCCAGGACACAGCGACCGCUACCCAGACGAGCAUCACGCCUGGAUGGUGAGACCACCGGGGGCGAGGGGUUGGAGAUGAUGCGAGGGAGACAUCGCACGGACACCCUCUUAGCGGCGUCGCAGAGGCAGAUGAGACUGGGUGGCGUCACGGUGGUUGGCGACGAUCACACUGACGUCGCUGCAGAGGGGGCUGACGGAGAGGAGGACCUGUCGAUACAUGAGGCACGUCGAGCGACCUUGGAGCGUGGCGAGCGGCGGAGCACGAGCCCCCCCACACGCGCUGGAUGCCAUUGACUUUUUUGUGAUUGUUAGUGGUCAGCGGCACGACUGCAUCAUGUAGUUUUGACACGUUCCUUUACCGUUUGUCG